AGUCACAGGGUGUCAGAAAAAAGCCACCACCAUAAAAGGAUGUCUGCAUAAUCUCUCUUAAAACAACAUGCCAAGGUUAACCUACUUCAGUUUGGGCGAAUACUGACUGCUAACACAGAGGCCCCAACAAGGCACAGAGAGAGACCCUGGACACUGCUGACGGAUAUAAACAUGGACAAUUUCACGACACAUUCUCCAGCUCCUCAGGAAAGCGAGUGCGAUCUCUAUGCACACCACGACACAGCCAGGAUACUCAUGCCUCUGCAUUACAGCAUCGUCUUCAUGAUUGGGCUCGUGGGAAACUUGUUAGCCUUGACUGUCAUUAUUCAAAACAGGAAAAAAAUCAACUCCACCACUCUAUAUUCAACCAACUUGGUGAUUUCAGACAUACUUUUUACCACUGCUCUGCCUACACGGAUAGCCUACUACGCGCUGGGCUUUGACUGGAGAAUCGGCGAGGCCUUGUGUAGGAUAACUGCUGUCGUGUUUUACAUCAACACCUAUGCGGGCGUGAACUUCAUGACCUGCCUAAGUAUUGACCGGUUCUUUGCAGUGGUGCACCCGCUGCGGUACAACAAGAUGAAAAGAAUCGAACACGCAAAAUGCAUUUGCAUAUUUGUCUGGAUUCUAGUAUUUGCUCAAACACUCCCGCUACUCAUAAAACCCAUGUCUAAGCAGGAGAAUGAAAGGAUUACAUGCAUGGAAUAUCCAAACUUUGAAGAAACAGAAUCCCUUCCCUGGAUUCUGCUUGGUGCAUGUUUCAUAGGAUAUGUACUUCCGCUCGUAAUCAUUCUUAUCUGCUACUCUCAAAUCUGCUGCAAACUCUUUAAAACUGCCAAACAAAACCCACUAACUGAGAAAUCCGGUGUAAACAAAAAGGCUCUCAACACCAUUAUUUUUAUAAUUGUUGUGUUUGUUGUCUGUUUCACACCUUACCAUGUUGCAAUUAUUCAACACAUGAUUAAGAAGCUUCGUUUUCCUGAUCUCCUGGAAUGUAGCCAAAGACAUUCAUUCCAGAUAUCUCUGCACUUUACAGUGUGCCUGAUGAACUUCAAUUGCUGCAUGGACCCUUUUAUAUAUUUCUUUGCAUGCAAAGGGUACAAGAGAAAGGUUAUGAAGAUGCUGAAACGUCAAGUCAGUGUAUCAAUUUCCAGUGCCGUGAAGUCGGCCCCUGAAGAAAACUCACGUGAAAUGACAGAAACUCAAACGAUGAUACAUUCCAAGUCUUUAAAUGAAAAAUAAAAAGGAAUUAAACCUUGGAUUUAUAGCAAAGGAAACUGUAUGAUAAAUUUUGCAGAACUUUUCUUAUAAAGCAAAAUGACUGUUCAACUUCCAACUGGGAUUAUUCUAAAUUCCUUUCAUUGGGCACUAUUUCUCACCUCCAACUUGGAAGCAAACUGAUAAAUAUGUAUUUUUUAUACUUGAGAACAACAUCAAGCAAAGUUCUACUUUGUAAAUAAAAUACUAUACCAAAAGGGAUGGUAUUUUAAUAACAGUGUGAAAAGAAAAGUUUUAUGUUAAUGAAAAAUUUAGUCAUUCAUAUUUCCUGCCAAUAAUUUGGCAAAAGAAAAGAAGACUAUUAAAACUUGUAUAUUGCCAAUGUAGAAAUGUCAAUAUUGUAAAAUAUUUUUCUCUCCUUUUUUUGCAUGUUUCUUCAAUUCCGGUUUCUUUCAAUCUUAGACUUUAUCUCCUCAAUAACAGCAGUUUUUUAUUUUGUUCUGAGUCAUACAAUUUAGUUUCAAUGAAUUCUUUUGGAAUAAAGAGCAAGAUGCUACAAAA